AUGGCACGACUGUCAGGACUGCAAAGAGAUGUGCUGUCUCUGUAUCGCCAAUGCUUACGAGCCGUAAGGGAAAAGCCAUCAGAUACGCGAUCACAUUUCCGAGACUUCGCAAGGGCUGAAUUCCACAAGAACCAGGGGGUGGGCAAGAAGGACUUCGGCACGAUCGAGUACCUUCUGCGAAGGGGCCGCAGACAGCUCGAAACCUAUCAGGACCCAGGCAUCCGCGAUCUCCACUGA